AUGGAUAUUAUGCCUAGAUAUGCAUUCUUUAUUAUUUUUCUUCACUUACAGCGCACGAAUGGGCUUUACAUCGCCAAUAGCAUAGAACACCUACCACACAUCCUGAAGGAGUACGGCCUGGUGAAGCCAGUGAGCACUGAUGCCGACGGACGUUUUCUCUCCCACGCUGUCUCCGCCAGCCGACUGAGCGGACAGCACUCCCACUGGCGCAGGAAGAGGGCGGCCGGAUUGCAGGAUGUGGGGGAGGAGAAUACGGAAGGAGAGACAGAUCACCUGAAUGACAGGGGAACUCUGUACUACAACGUCACUGUGUUUGGGCAGGAGUUCCAUUUGAGUCUUAAGCUGAACUCUAAGCUGGUGGCCCCAGGAGCCAAAAUAGAGUGGCUCGAAGAAAAUGAGAAAACACGCCUUGAGCCUCUGUUGCCCAGUGACUGUUUAUAUGUGGGCCAUGUCACAAAUGUUCCAGACACUUCCGUGGCCAUCAGCAAUUGUGACGGACUGGCUGGGAUGAUUCGCGCAGGUCAGGAGGAGUUCUUCAUCGAGCCCAUACAGAGUGGGGGAGACAUGACAGGAGAGGAGGAAGGAGGGCUUGGCCGGCAUCACAUCCUGUAUCGCUCCUCUGCCAUCAAGAGGCCAGCUGUCAAUCACACGGCAGACUUCCACCCCAGAGGGACAGGACUGGGGGGAGGUGUGGAGACACUGGCCCGUGGACUCCAGCAGAGGCAGAGGACGAUGAACAGCACCCGUGUUCGGAGACAUGUGGAGGAUGAGGUGUUUUUCAUUGAGGUGCUGCUGGGUGUAGACUGCUCUGUUGUGCAGUUCCACGGCAGAGAGAACAUCCAGAAAUACCUGCUCACCCUCAUGAAUAUUGUGAAUGAGAUUUAUCAGGACAGCUCGCUGGGCGCCCACAUCAACGUGGUUCUUGUCAGAAUCAUGAUGCUCUGCUCAGCCAAGUCUAUGGGCCUUAUAGAGCUGGGGAACCCGUCUCAGAGUCUGGAGAACGUGUGUCGCUGGGCCUUCCUUCAGCAGAAAGAAGACAAGAACGAUGCCGAAUAUCACGAUCACGCCAUUUUCCUCACCCGCCAAGAGUUCGGCCCCACUGGCAUGCAAGGUUAUGCUCCAGUGACUGGUAUGUGUCACCCUGUGCGGAGCUGCACUCUGAAUCAUGAGGACGGCUUUUCCUCAGCGUUUGUGGUGGCUCACGAGACUGGACAUGUGUUGGGGAUGGAGCAUGAUGGACAAGGAAAUGAGUGUGGGGAUGAGGUGCCCAUGGGUAGCAUUAUGGCUCCCCUGGUGCAGGCUGCUUUCCAUCGCUACCACUGGUCCCGCUGCAGCCAAAAGGAGCUUAGCCGCUACCUUCACACGUACGACUGUCUUCGUGAUGACCCGUUUGAUCAUGACUGGCCAGCUAUGCCACAGCUUCCAGGGAUCCACUACUCCAUGAAUGAGCAGUGUCGCUUUGACUUUGGCAUUGGCUACAUGAUGUGCACAGCGUACAGCACUUACGACCCCUGCAAGCAGCUCUGGUGUAGUCACCCUGAGAAUCCUUUCUUCUGCAAAACCAAGAAAGGUCCUCCCAUUGAUGGAACUAAGUGCGCAACGGGGAAGCACUGCUUUAAAGGUCACUGCAUCAAGCUAACUCCUGACAUCUUAAGGCAGGAUGGGAGCUGGGGUCAGUGGACCAAGUUUGGCUCUUGCUCUCGUACUUGUGGUAGUGGAGUACGUUUCCGCACCCGGGAGUGCAACAACCCAAUUCCAGCCAAUGGUGGGCGCACUUGCUAUGGCAACAAUUAUGAAUUCCAGCUGUGCAACACGGAGGAGUGUGCCAAGGUGUUUGCUGACUUCCGUGAGGAGCAGUGCAGGAUGUGGGACCCAUUCUUUGAGCACGAGGGAACCAAACACCACUGGUUACCCUACGAGCACCCUGACCCUGAGGAGAGAUGUCAGCUCUAUUGCCAGUCCAUGGAGACGCAAGACGUGGUGCAUAUGAAAAGGAUGGUUCAUGACGGAACGCGCUGCUCCUACACAGACCCGUACAGCCUGUGUGUACGAGGUGAAUGUGAGAAGGUGGGGUGUGAUAAUGUAAUUGCCUCGGAGAUGGAGGAGGAUAUGUGCGGGGUGUGUGGAGGGGACAACUCCACCUGCAACAUCGUCAAAGGGAACUUCACCCGUAGCACCAAAAAACCAGGUUUUCUUAAGAUCCUGGAAAUUCCCAGAGGGGCACGGCAUGUGCUGAUCCGAGAAUUUAAGGGAACACCUCACAUUCUUGUGGUGAAAAAUCAGGCCACAGAUCAUGUCUUUCUGAACGAUAUUGGUGAGUUUCCGGAAUCACGGACAGUGAUUGAGAAAGGCGUGGCGUGGGAUUAUACUAACGAUGAUGACAUGGAGGCUGUCCAAACCACAGGCCCUCUGAGAUACGGUGUUCUCAUCAUGGUGCAUUCUCAGGGUGACUCUAAGGUCACGCUGUCGUACAAGUACGUGUUACAGGAGGAGCCACAGAACUCCAUGGAGAACAGUUUACCUCACGAGGACACGGCCUACUUUGAGUGGGCACUGAGGAAGUGGUCACACUGUUCAAAGCCCUGCGGAGGAGGAAAGCAGUACACGCGCUUUGGCUGCCGGCGAAAGUCAGAUGGAAAGAUGGUCCACCGAACCCACUGUGCCAAAAUUCCCAAACCACGACCCAUUAGUCGUGACUGCAACCAGAAAGAAUGCUCCCAGCCAAUCUGGGUGACUGGCGACUGGGAAGAAUGCAGUAAGACAUGUGGGAACACUGGUUACCAGACUCGUUCAGUACGGUGCCUCCAAGCCCACGUCGACGGCACUCACAAGCCAAUCAACAGCAAGUACUGCAACGACGAUCGCCCUGAGGGCAGACGCCCCUGCAACCGAAUUACCUGCCCACCACAGUGGAGGGCUGGGCCUUGGUCUCAGUGCUCUGUGACUUGUGGAAACGGCACUCAGGAGAGGCAGGUGACCUGUAAUGCUCCUGAUAAUACAGUGGGCCUCUGUUUAGACACCAAACCAGAGACCAUCAGGACAUGUCAGCUAUUCGCAUGUCCAAAUGACAAAGGGAACUUCCUCAUCCAGUGGUUGUCCAGGGCAGACCCAGAGCUCCCCUUGCCCAAGAUUUCCUCCAGGCAGCACUGUAAGGGAGACAAAUCUGUCUUCUGUCAGAUGAAGGUGUUGAGUAAGUACUGUUCCAACCCGGGGUACAGACAGAUGUGCUGCAAGUCCUGCAGUGAGGGCAACAACACAACCAAAUUGAACCAGACCACACCGUGGAUGUAUACCACUGAACCUGAUCACACAGACAGCGACUACACAUCAACUCCAGAUCUCACAACUGAGGUGUACACCAUUCCUCUCACGUCUACCACAUACAAAGGGCUGUUCACUACAAAAUCACCUUUUACCAGGAGACGUAUGAAAACUACCACCACCCCUAUGCCGAUGAAGUACUCAACCGUUAAUGUCCGAAGGAAAAACAGGUUUACCAGCACCACCUUCAAAACAACCACUACUGAGGAAACUACAAUUACCAGCACCACUCCCUCUGAGGAUGCUUCAGAGAGCACCUCACUUUCUUCUUGGUUAACUGUAACCGUGCCAACCAGCUCUCAGUCCCCCGUCAUUACCCAGUCCCCUGUCACAACUGCGGCUCCACCCAGGGUGACCGCGUAUCCGCCUGCGGUUUUAAAUCUACACAGGCCCAGGAACGGCAAGGAGAAUAAUUCCAUCAAUGUGACCUACAAGAUUGUUGGUGCGGACAACGAGGUCUCGCAGAGUCAUUUCAUACCCACACAUCGUGUGCCGUUUCGCGAGAGAACCAUGAACAAACGGAUUCAGGAGCUCCUGGCAGAAAAAAGGAGACAGGAGUUCUUUCUUAGGAGAUUAAAAAGAAAGCCCGAUGAAUGA